AUGCGGCUCCGUCAGGAAUCGUCCGACAGGCACAGCCGGAGCCACAGUAACCUGCCGAGCUUCUCCUCCCCCCUCUCCUCCUCGCCUGACGGCGCUACGCGCAGCGCGGGACGUCGAGCAUCUCACCCGGAAGAACAGGUAGAGGCGGAUUACCGGGUCCCAUCGAAGGUAAAUUAUUCCCAGCAGAAUAGUGACGCUUAUGCGCCGCAGACGGAUGGCGGCAUGCCGGGACGGCGAGUUAGGGUUUCGAGCCACAGCGUGGGGCACGUGGGGGAGAUGAUGUCCGCAUCCCGCGUGCCUCCCCGCGCGCCGGGGCCAGGUCGCGGGGGUCCCGUGAGCGAUCCUAGCAAGGACCGCCGCAGGCCAAUUUCGUACGAUUCGCAGCAGUUCGCGAUGUCAGGUGACCUUGCGGAUGGCACCCACGUCGCCAGUUUCGUCGGCGGUGGUAACCAGCUGGGUGCUGGGGCUCGGCAUUCCUUGAGUGGCGGCAGCGGACACGGCAGGGGUGGCGGAUUGGGAGGCGGCGGCGGCGGCGGUGGUGGGAGUGGCGGUGGGGAUGGAAACGGUAAGGGGUUACCGGGUGCAGGUGCAUCCCCCGCGGAAUGGUCGGGAGGUGGCACAGGAGGGAGGCAAACGGGGCACGGGGGAUUGGAGGGGCGCGCAGUGGGUGCCCCUGGGCAAGGGUUGCGCGGAGCAGCAGCAGGCCCACGGACCACCUCCCCUCUGUCGCAGGUUCUCCCUGGGGAGGGGGCUUUUGGAGAGAGGCCUUCCAGGGACGGCUUUCCUGGGGGAGGUGCCAGCGGUAGGCGCCUGGGAGGCGGUAGGGGGGGAGGCCGGGGAACUGUUGUAGGAGGGGGUGGUGCUGCUGGUGGCGUCGGCAGCAGCGGCGGCAGCGGCGGUGGUGGCAUUCGGACGACCCCGCCCACGUCCCCUCUGGCGAGCCUAACGCACGAGGACUUUGCGGCGUUUGAGGGGUACGAGCGCAACCAGGACGCCAUUCACAGCGUGCUGCAGGCCGCCAGGGACCUCGUCCAGGACUGCCAGCACGAGGGCGUCUGGGAGUCCGAGGCCACGCUCAAGCAGUGGCGCGGUGGCUCCGAGCCCGAGCGGCAGGUUCGGCACCAGUCGCGUGGUGGGUCCGAGCCUGGAAGGGAGCCUCGGCAGCAAAUGCGUGGCGGGUCCGAGCCUGAGAGGCAGGCGUGGAGAGAUGCGCAGGGGAUCGUGGAGGCGAGGAGAGGGGUGGAUGGCGCGUACGGGAGCGAGGAAGAGGAAGGCGGUAGGGCAGCGGGAGGGGUGGGCGGGCGUGGGGAUGGGGCGGGGGGGCAGGGCGAGACGAGCCAGCAGCACAGGCGGAUGGUGAGUGUGGACGAGAUGAUUCGUGCUGCACGUGACCAGCGGCGUGCCAAGGCGGCAGCAGUGCACACGGCAGCAGCGGGGCCGUCCGCGGUUGACUUCUACCUGGGGUUUGAAGACGUGCCCCGCCACCUCCUGCACCACGCGCUCGCUGGCGGCAUGGGCGCAGCGGGCGGGGCGGGGACAGCUGGAGGUAAGAGCGCUGCAGGCGGCAUGGCAGGCGGCGGAGGGGCAGGAGAGAGAGGAGGCGUGGGUGGCACAGACAGGGUGGGGGAGGGCGGUAGCGGCAGUAGCAGCAAUUGGGCCAAGGAGGAGAUGGGGUACGUGAGAGCGGAGGGGCAGAGCAACCUUCCCCAGCAGCGGGUGGAGCUGCAGGCUUUGGCCAUGGUGUUGCGGGACGACCCGAUGGGGCAGCUGGCGCCCAUAACGGACCACAUCCUGCGCAUGCCCUAUGAGGACGUGCGCGCUCGCUACUCCCUGGGCAAGCACGAGAUCGGUGCGGGGCGCUUUGGGUCCAUCCGCACGUGCCUGGAGCGCGCCACUGGGCGCGUGUUCGCCUGCAAGACCAUCGACAAGAAGAGCAUCACUUGCAUGGAGGACGCGGAGGACGUGCGGAGGGAGGUGGCGUUCCUGGCGCGGCUGCAGGGCCACCCGCACAUCGUCAACCUGCAGGGCGUCCUGGAGGACCACCAGAGCAUCCGUGUGAUAAUGGAGCUGUGUGCGGGCGGGGACCUGUUCGACUGCAUCAAGGCGCGCGGGCAGCUGUCGGAGCGCACGGCAGCGCUGGUGCUCAAGGCACUGAUGGGCGCGCUGAUGCACUGCCACGCGCACGGCAUCCUGCACCGCGAUGUGAAGCCCGAGAACAUCCUCAUGGCUGACCGCACAGAUGACAGCAAGGGUAUCAAGCUCAUUGACUUUGGGGUUGCUACGAGUCUCGAGCAAGCUGGUCCAUGCAGCGAGGUGGCGGGCACACCGGAGUACAUGGCGCCUGAGGUGCUGGACGCGGUGUACGGCGUGGAGGCGGACAUCUGGAGCGCGGGGGUGGUGCUCUACGUGAUCCUGUCGGGCGUGCCGCCCUUCUGGGCGUCGACGAAUCGCACGUUGGAGGAGGCGAUACGGCGCAAGAAGGUGGACUUCAAGUACUUCAAGUGGGCGGGCGUGUCGGACGACGUCAAGGAGCUCAUCAUGCGCAUGCUCAAGAAGAACCCGCGCUCGCGCAUCACCGCGGAACAAGUGCUGAGCCAUCCCUGGGUGGUGCGGCACACAUCAGAGGAGCAAGAAUGA